AUGGAUUCAAGGAAUUUAUACUUGUGGAAUAUUGUUCCAGAUGUCAGGAUUGUGAUUAUUGUGAUUUGUCUCACAGGUGGAUUUUCGAAUGGAAUUGUAACACAAUCGAACGCUCAAACAAAAAGUGUUACUGUGAUUGAUUAUGUGACCUUAUUGGAAGUCACUCCGAAAACUAAUGACGCUGCAUUGCAAACUGAGUUGCUUUCGAAUCCUACUCAGAUGACAAAUAGCCCUACAACAAACUCAGAAAGCACAAACAAAGACGCUCCUACAAUGUCAACGUCAAGGGAAACGUCUUCUCAAUCUACUUAUACACUGAUUCAAACUGAUCUUGCAACAGGCCAAAGUACAGUGACAUCGAAAUCUAUUACAACAGAUGCGUCAACCGAAACUUCAGCUGUGACAGACUCUUCCGUGAUCCAGACGAGCUCUGCUACAUCGUCAGAUCAGCCAACUGAUGUAGUCACGGCAGAACCUACUAACCCUACGGAAGUCUUUAUUGUUUCAAACACAUUGGACGUUUUAACCAGUACACCAGCCCUGCAGUCUACCAUGGUGACACCUGCCACCAUAAUAACGGAUCAAGCAUCUUCAACUCUUAAUUCGAAAAAAACUGAAUCGCAAACGGAGUUGACAACCGAUACAUCGCCGGUACAAUCAAUCUCAUUUUCAACAUCUACUGGUGUCAUGACAGACGUGGCAACUCGGAUUAGAAGUGAAGAAACGACUAAGAUAGUUUCCAGUGACACGACUCAGGCGAAAACUGAUGACAUCACUCAAAUAAUAACUUAUAAAACGACUAAAAUCGCUACAAACGAACCGGCUCAGAGCACAACUGAUCAUGCGGAUGGGAUGACUCAAAUAACAACUAAUGAAAUGACUCAGAUCAUGACUGAUGAAUGGACUCAGGCGACAUCUGACGUAACAACACAUAUCACAUUCGAUAAAACGGCCAUGAGUACAAAUGACAGACUGACUGAAAGCAUUACUCACAUUAAAACUGAGGAAACAACUAAAAUGACGACUGAUAAAACGACUAAAAUCACUACCAAAGAAACGACUCAGACCACAACUAAUGGGAUGACUCAAACUACCGCUGAUGAAUCGACUAAGAUAACAGCCGAUACAAAGGUUCAGACUACAAAUGACAAACUAAUUGGAGGAACCACUGAAAUAAUGACUGAUAAAUCGACUCAAAUCAGUUUCCAAUACCCGACUGAGAUCAUUACUGAUAGUAUGACUCAUAUUAUAACUGAUGGGACGACUCAUAUUUUGACCGAUGAAUUGACUCAGGUGACAACUGAUGAAACUACACAAAUCACAACUGACAAACUGACUGACAGCAUCACACAGAUACAAACUGGAGAAACAACUAAAGUGACGACUGGUGAAACGACUAAAAUCAAUAAUAAGGACACAACUCAGAUUACAACUACUGGAAUGUUUGAAACUAUGACAGAUGAAUCUGGUACAAGUAUACAACUGACAACUGAUCAAUCGACUCAGAUGACAAGCGAACAAACGACUGAGAGUACAAAUAGUAAACUAACUAGUGGAACAACUCAUAUCACGAUUGAUGAAACGGCUGAAAUUAGUACCCAAGAACCGACUCAGGUAACGUCCGACGGAAUGGCUCAUGUUACAACUGAUGAAUCGACUAAGAUCACAGCCGAUAAAACGGUUCAGACUACAAAUGACGAACUGAUUGGAGGAACUACUGAAAUAAUGACUGAUAAAACGACUCAAGUCAGUUUCAUAUACCCGACUGAGAUCACAUCUGAUAGGACGACUCAUAUUUUGACCGAUGAAUUUACUCAGAUGACAACUGACGAAACUGCACAGAUCACAACUGACAAACUGACUGAUAUCAUCACACAAAUACAAACUGGUAAAACAACUAAAAUGACGACUGAUGGAACGACUACAUUCAAUACCAAGGACACAACUCAGAUUACAACUACUGGAGUGUUUGAAACUACGACAGAUAAAACUGGUACAAGUAUACAACUGAAAACUGAUCAAUCGACUCGAAUGACAAGCGAUCAAACGACUGAGAGUACAAAUAGCAAAAUAACUAGUGGAACAACUCAUAUCACGAUUGAUGAAACGGCUCAAAUCAGUACCCAAGAUCCGACUCAGAAAUUGUCGGUUGGAGUGACUCAUGUUACAACUGACGGGAUGACUCAGAUUAUGACUGAUGAACUGAUUCAGGCUACAACUGACGAAAUUACCGAGAUCACAGCUGACAAAAUAACUGAAAGUGCCAUUGACAAACAUACUGAUAUUAUCACUUUUUUCACAACUGAUGGAACGCCUAAAAUCACAACAGAUGAAUCCCCUUUUAAAACAACCAAGACAACUGAUGAAAAUAGUCAGUUAACAACUCACAAAAUGAGUGAUCAAACGACACAGAAUACAGCGGGGACACCAGACACAUCAACGACCGAGGACACACUACUUGCUACAACCGAUGAACAAUCGAAUGCACCAGCCACGAGUCGUACAACCAAAAUGACCACUGAUAUCCUGUUGACCACCGAUCAGAAAAUGGAACCUGUUAUAACUACCAUUAAACAUACAACAGCCCUUGUAGCUGUUAAUAUAAUUAACGUUUAUUUCAAUGCUCCUACCUGA